CUGCUCAGCCAUCUGACUCAUAUACUCCAAUACUCACCAGCUUCCCUGUACUGGCCAAAGACCAGGUCGUUAGGGUCCAAAGCAGCAGCACUGCCAAUGUGGGUCCCCUCCUCUCCAUAGUUCGUCAUGUAGAAGGAAAUUCGACCCUGAAAUAAUAACAAUCUUAAUAAUCUCCUCUCUAAAAUGGCUUUUAGCACCUUUCAGUCAUUCACAGGGGAUUCUAGUGUGUUAGCAGGGGUGUACGGACCAGCAGAGGUGAAAAUCAGCAAGGAGAUCUACGACAGAGCAACUUUGGAGGUAGUAAUACGACCCAAAGUAGGACUACCAAGUGUAAUGGAGCGAGCACGAGAGCAGUGUGUGCGAGAAACUUGUGAGGCAUCUUUACUCUCGACUCUUCAUCCUCGUUCCUCUCUCACACUCGUCCUUCAAGUCGUUCACGAUGAUGGCUCGCUGUUGUCAUGCUUCUUGAAUGCUGCCUGCAUGGCCCUGAUGGAUGCAGGACUGCCAAUGAGCUGCCUUUUUUGUGGAGUGACCUGUGCUAUCGACACAGAGGGUCAGAUCAUUACUGACCCCACAUCAGCUCAGGAGAAGGAAAGUCGAGCUUUGUUGACAUUUGCUAUUGACAGCACAGAGCACAGAGUGAUGAUGUCAUCAACCAAGGGAUCUUUUUCAGUCCAUGAGCUUCAGCAGUGCAUAGCAGCCAGCCAGAAAACCUCAGAGAAGAUCUUCCAGUUCUACAGAGAUUCUGUCAGGCAACGAUAUUCCAAAACCAUUUAACAGAGAAGCUGUUCCCAUUUUUUUCUGUCAUGUCAGACAAACAUAUCUUUAAAUAAAAUAUUCAGUCCUUUUUGAUUCAUCCGAUUAAAAUAGCA